UUGGUUUGGUUUUUAUUUGGUGUUCAAAAACAAUUUUAUACAUAUAUACAGUAGAACUCCAAUUAUCCGAACUCCGACUAUCCAAAUCACAAAACUUGUCUUAACUUGCCGUUGUGCGUGUACAAUACUGUAUUAUAUUUAUACCAUGGCUUCGAAAAGAAAACGUGUUGUACUAUCGUUAGCGGACAAACUGAAAAUUAUAGAGCAACUCGGUAAAGGUGUAACGGGUAAGAAGCUGUCUGAGAUUUAUGGUGCUGGACAAGCAACAAUUUCUGACAUUAAAAACAGUAAGUCAACACUUAAAUUUGUUUCGGUGCUUGAAAAUGAAGAUGGAAGUUCCUCCAGGAAAACAAUGAAGACAGCAACCAACAAAAAUUUGGAAGAUGCCGUGUUUAAAUGGUUUUUGCAGAAACGUUCUAUGGGAAAUCCGAUUUCAGGUCCAAUCCUUUGUGAAAAAGCCAAAAUCUUAGCAGAAAAGCUUGGUUAUUCAUCUUUUAAGACUAGUAACGGCUGGCUAAAGAAUUUUAAAUUCAGGCAUGGUGUACGCGAGUUAGAUUUGGCUGGUGAGAAGCUUUCAGCAGACUCUGCAACUGCUGAAAAUUUUAUUGAAAAAUUUAAAACUGCAUCAGAAUCCUAUGAUCCGGAGUUUGUUUAUAAUGCCGAUGAAACUGGCCUUAUUUGGAAAGCCUUACCAAAAACCACUUUGGCUUCUAAAAGGGAAUCUAGUGCCCCUGGACAUAAGGUCAGUAAAGAACGUGUUACAGUGCUUAACUGUGCCAACUCCACUGGAAAUCAUAAACUGCCACUUCUUUUGAUAGGAAAAUCAAGAAAUCCAAGAGCAUUUAAAAACGUAAAAAACUUCCACUCUUCUACAAAAGUCAACCCAAGGCGGAUGACUGCAGCUUUGUUUACCGAAUGGUAUGAUGAAGUGUUUAUUCCUGAAGUGAAAAAUCACCAAAAAUCGGUGGGAAAAGAAGGCAGUAAGGUGCUUUUAAUUGUUGAUAACGCACCCACUCAUCCUACAGCAGAACUGUUGGAAAGAGAGAAUGGGCAGUUUAAAACGACGUUUUUGCCUCCCAAUGUUACAAGUUUGCUGCAACCCAUGGACCAGUUAUUGACAAUGAAGCGCCAUUACAGAAGGCAACUGCUGAGAAAACUGCUGAUCGAAGGUGCUGAAGAUGAAGAAUUGGUUUUGGCAAAUCAUAGCAAAAUAAAUUUAAAGGACUGCUGUUACAUGGUAGCGGAAGCUUGGAGUUUGGUAACGGCAGUGACGCUAAGACGUGCGUGGAAUAAACUGAAAGGCCUACCGUCUGAGAAGAAGAAAAAAAAAGAAUCUGAAGAAAAUGAGAAACAAGAAUAUGGAGAGGAUGAUGAUGAUGAAGAUGCGUUGUCACUAGAGGAAAUGAGAAAAAUGAUUGUAAAAAUUCCUGGUUGUACAGAAGUAAGUGCUGAAGAUGUAGGAGAGUGGAUGGCUUGUGACACGUCUGACCCUGGUUUUCAAAUUCUCAAUGACGAUGAAAUUGUUGAAAGUGUGAGAGAAGAUGUUGAAGUGGAAGUGGAAGAAGAACUAUCUUCUGAUGUUGAAGUAGACGCUGGACCAUCAGCUAGUGAAGCAUUUGCCGGCCUCGAGACUGCUUUGAAGUGGAUGGAGCGUCCCGAGUGUGACCACUUGCCGCUCACCGUCAAGCGAAUGCGUGACCUGGCUGCCCGAAAACGGUUGAAGACCGCAAAACAGCUUACAUUGACGGAGAUGUUUAAAAAACAAUGAUUUUUAUUUCUAAACUUGUUUUAAUUUCAUGUUUCUUUCAUUUAAUUCAAUAAAAAAUAGUGCAAUAUCAAAACGUAGCUUUUAUUCUCACCAAUGGCAAUUUUUUUUUUUAAAAAUCGAUUAUCCUAAUAUUUGAUUAUCCGAAUGGGUCCCGGUCCCCAUUAAUUCGGAUAAUUGGAGUUCUACUGUAUAAACAUUUCUUGUGUGUGUACAGACUAUACUUAAACUAAAAACACUUUAUUGCUUUUUUAUUUAUUGGUGAAGGUUCAAAAGCUGCUUCAAUUUUUAUUGUGUGUGUGAGUGUGUGUAAAAGAAAAUAAAAAUGGCUUCUAAAAGACCAAAAAGAAGUAAUAUUUGGUUUCACUAUAAGGAAGGAGACAAUGAAGCACAAUGUAAUUACUGCUCACAAAAACUUAGUACUAAAAGCGGUUCUUUAGGAAACUUAAAAAGACACCUUACUAACAAGCACUCUACAGUAUCACUCAUCGUACAAAGACAGCCAGUAACUAAAAUUCCAUCAGGUACUCUAACAGCAAUGCCAAGUUUGCCAACGGUUUCAACACUUACGACUUAUUCCGUUUUCGUUCCACUUCCUUUUUCUGCAGCAUCGUCUUCGCAAACGACCAUAACAAAUUUUAUACGAAGACCACCACCCACACGAAAGGUUGAACAAAUCGACCAACAAGUGGUUGCAAUGGUGACUAAAGGCCACCAUUCCUUAAGAAUGGUAGAGGAGCCAGAGUUCAGACCAUACCAGCAGACCCCAUACAGAAGAAAAAGCUUUGUGCUUGUUAAGUUCGAGAAAAAGUCUGUGAUGUAUUAUGUUGGACAGGUUCUGCUGAAAUAUAGUUCCUCUGAAUACAAAGUUUCUUUUUUGAGAAAGAAGCCUAAUGCUUGGAGAUUUGUUUUUCCCACUACGAAGGACGAACGAACAGUUUACAUAUCAGGUGUGGUAUGUAUAUUGCCUCCGCCAAAGUCUGCUCUGACAGCAAGAACAGCCGACAUAUUUAGCUUUAAGUAAUAAUACCAGUAGAAGUCUGAGUUUUAUUUCUUACGUUUUUUUAGUGUCUACU